CUGCAUCCGAAGUGGCAACAGUGGCGGCGGCGGGGCGGUCACUGGUGGCUCGCUGUUCAACUCGUCCAGGUGCACGGUUCCUGGCUAUGUUCAUGAUAUCACUGCUCCCUGCUCCUUACACUCCCGAUUCUCCUGAGCAGCAGCCUUAGGGAGUAGUGUGGAAAGGUUGAUGAGUGAGGAGGCCAGGAAGCUGUAGGUAUGGACACCAUUGUGGCUGGCCUGGGUUACCAACAGGGGCUGGAGGAAGAUGAGAGCCCCCUGGAUCUCACCGGACCCCAAGCCACCUCCACGGUCGCUCCCAAGGUGACCAGGGACCAGCUCAACAGACAUUACCUGCAGACCCUGCAAGAGGCUAGUGAGGGUUCCUCAGAGGAGUUUCGAUCCCUGCGCUCCACCGUGAAAGGCAGUGCAUGCUUCAGCACAGAGGGAACUCGAGGGUCCUCAGGUUUGGGCAUGAUGAUGGCCCUGCCCCUCAUUGACACCGAAGCCAUGAGUGGUUUGUCGUCCAGUAACUUCCUGGUAGAUCACACACAACUUUCUGCUAAGGCAACACAAGACCAAGGGCAGGAGCAACUGUGUGGGGAAAACCAAAGCCAGGACACAUCAGAGUUGCACUCAGAUGUUCUGCGUGAGGAAGAGAAACCCCCAGGCUUGGAGCAGGGAGAAGUUAGGGAACUGCUUCCUUAUGACACCAAAGAGAAUGUAAAUGAGACUGAGGGUGAACUUGCUGCUGGCUUGCCUUCGUUCCUGCUGAAGCCUCAAGAGUUAGUGGAGGAUCAAGAUCAACAAUGCCUUGAAGGUGGUGAUGCAGGGGACCUGAUAGCCCUUACCUCGCAUUUAGCAACAGCUGAUCUGGGCCAUGAGGAAUUCUCCACCAGUCAGGUGCAGUUUGAUGCCAGCCAGAUCUCUGCACGCUCUACCAUCCAUGAGGGCAGCCGCAAGGCGCUGGAGGUGUCAAAGCUACUGUCCAAUUCCUGCAAUUCACUUGGAUCCAUGGAUGGUCCAUCUGAUCCCUUUUUGACCCACCAGCAGAUUGCCGGGGCACAGGAUGAGGACUGGCUUGAGGCCCACCAAGAUGAGCUGGCACACUUGAUGGACGAUGAAGAGUUCCGCUCACCUGAUUCAAUGUUCCUUGAGGAGGAUGAGAAGAACUACCUUGAACAUAACAAAUUUUGUAUGGACAUGGGCCCUGCUUCCUCCAGAAAUAGCCUUGAUGCCUCCUGCUUCUCUGGUAUUCAUGGUGUCACUGAGAUCACUGUCAGACCAUCAUGGAUAGGGAGUCCUGAGAGGGAGCUGCUACGUCCUGGCAACCACAUGCUGGUGGAUGACUACCUGCAGGCCCACAGUGAGGCCCUGGGUACCCUUGGGGCCAAUAAGGAUCCCGCUAACAGGCCCAAUUUUGGGAAUGAAGUGCAUUCGCCUCCCACCGCCACGAGGAUCCAGCCCCUGGAAGAUGCGUCUGUAGGGGAUGAAAGCACCACCUUAGAUGGCUCAGAAUCCUGUAUGAAGACAGACAGUUCAGCCUCCUCAACUCUAAGCAAAGACUCCAGAGAAAACACACUAGUUUCUGAGGGAAGACAGGUUUCUACCACAGUCACUCUGGAGAGACACCAGAGUAGAGAACAAACUCAUAUGAAAGAGGUGAUUCAUGAAGUUGAGGAACUAGAGGCCAGUAUUCAUGGUGUUAAGCAGCCUCUGGAGGCAAGCACCAUCAAUUCUCUUCUGUAUCGGGCACUGGCAACAAAUGCACCCCAUGAUCUGGUGGGAAGGAUUCUGCAGCUUACCCAAGAAGCUCCUGUCUCAUCCUCAUCCCUUGAAAUGACAGGACUUGAUGCCAGUUUGGAGGUGAUGGAGCUGAGACAGAUGAGGGAAGAUAUUGCAAGGCAGAAGCAGAGAGAGUCAAAAGCCUCUCAUCCUCUUGGAAAAGAAAAUAGAGGUAGAGAAGAAGGGAGCAAGCCUGCAUCUAUCCCUGACAGAAAGCCCUUGCAAAGUGUGACACAACCAGAACAGUGUCCACCACUUGCAUUAUCACACAAGCACACAAAAUUGAUGGCCUUUCGCACUAAUUCUGAUCCAGAAACUCUUUCCCGAACUUGUCAGGAAAAGAAUGAAUCUAAUCUAGAGGAAACUCUGGAGGGGGCUCAGUACAUGUCCAAGCUUGUUGAUGACACUGCAAAGCUUAUGAUGCCCAGUUUCAGUCAGGUUGGGACGUCCAUCAAAUCUUCUACUCCCUGCAUCCCACGUUCCCACAUUCCAGUCACUGAUUCUGCAUGCAGGGAGCCCCUGCCCUCUGCCUCGAGUAACCACCGUGCCCUUCCCAGGAUGGGUGUCCGGUCUUCCACUAAGAUGACAGAACUUGGUGUGUCAGUGUCCAGAGCAGAGAGCGAGGUAGACUUGAGGACCACUUCUUGGCCAACAAAUGUGUCAGCUCAUCCCACCACCAUCACAACUAAUGCAUAUGCCAGACCCCAUCACCACAAAGAUGCACCUCAUUCAUACACAAACCACAUUGGUGUGAGUGUUCCUCAGCAUGUGAUCUUCCCAGAAGCAUGUGUGGUGGGUAUGGCCACCUACACCACCCUUCCCCUCCACAACCCUUCUUCACGCUGGCUUCAGAUCUCCCUCAGCCUCAUGAAGGAAACCCUGGAUGGCAGUGCUUGCAUGGCCUCAGUGCUGCUCUUCCAGGCAUCAUACAUGCUUGAGCCACAGGGCAGAUGUGACGUGAGGCUGGGAGUGUGCUGCCCAGUGCAGGGACAGCUGGAGGCCCUGUUAAAGGUGCAAGUUGGGGAGCUGACGGCCUCUGGGACUCGUGGCACAACCCCAUCCACUCACACAGUUGUCGUUACUGCCACCAUCACAGUGCCUGAGGUUGAGGUGCAGUGUGGAGGUGGGCUGGACUGUGUGGACUUUGGAGUGGUAGGGGAGAGCUGUUGUUUGUCCCACAAUGUAACCUUGAUAAGCCAUUGCCUGCAGCCACUCCCACUCUUGUUGCAGCUCCAUCAGGUGGCAGGAAGUGCUCCCAUCUUUUAUUGGGAGGAGAACAAGAACAAGACAGGAAAGGUGGUGUCGCCCUCUCAUUUGUCGUGUGAACUAGCUCCCUCUACCCCUACCACUUUCUCCCUCACACUUAGAGCCCCACAACUUGAUGGAGUUGCAGUCCCCAAGAGUGGAAAGAUACAAGUGGGGAGCAUCCUCAGUGUUCUGCUGGACACCCCAGCUCCUACACCCCUCGCCCUGGUCUCCUAUCCCAUCAAAGCUGCCAUAGGUGUUGUGGAGCUGCAGAUCCUGCGCACUCCUGAGCCUCUGGUGGUUGACACACACCCACAUGAAAGUGGCACCACCCAUUUCACCCUGAAGAAUGCCUCAUGCUUCCCUCUCCACAUCAGCCUCUCAGUCAAGGAGGACUCUCAGGCCUUCUCUGUCCAGCCGUCCAGCUUUAUCAUGCCCCCUGGAGGCCGCUCCUUCCCUGCACUACUCUUCAUACCUGGUGCUUGUGUAGGCACAGUCAACAGUGAACUGGUGAUACGAGUGGAACCAGAUGGCAUGGAGUUCAACAUAGCUGUGUCUGGAGUCUGUCAUGCCCCGUCCCUGCCUUUGUCUUCAGUCUUGGUGUCGGGCUCCACCUCAUCUCACAGUACUGGAGCACGCACCACUGCCCCGUCCCUGAAAGCUGUCACAGCUGUUGCUCCAGUUUCUGCUUGUGUCCCAGCCAUGCCAGCUCCUCCAACCCACAAACAACUACUGAACAUUCACUCUUCAUUGGCAAAGUCCAGCAGUGCACCAUUGUCCGAGGUGACCUCGAGCCCUCCUCUGGAUGCAAAGAACAUUUCAUCAGCCUUGCAGAGCAAACAAUCCCGACUGGUGUUCGGCACAGUGGCUGUGGGCGCCACGAGCUGCCUCAAGUUGGUGCUAAGGAAUAAUUUCACCUCUCAGAAUCUUCCUCUGUCUGUCACCAUCAUUGGCAGCCAGGCCUUCAAGGUUUGUGAGGCUGGGAGUGAGGAUGGCCAAGAAAAGAUGAGUGUUGUGCUGAAGCCGUGUGAGGAGAUGGCACUGUCAGUGCUGUUGCAACCCUCGGCUGUGGAGUCAUUGUCUGCCACCCUCAUUUUCCGCCACCGCAGUUCCAGUCAUCCAUUUAAGUGGAAGAUUCCACUUCAAGGAUAUGGAGGACGGGGGGAAUUGGUGGUGAAGGGCAGAUGUGCAGGAAAGCCUUUCAUCCUCAAGGAUCUCUCCCUUGGAUUACCAGCCAUCCUGCAAACCUCCAUCACAAACACUGGCCAUCGCACUUUAUUACUUGUCCUCCAGAUGUUCUCUGAUAAGCAGUGCAAGGAAGCAGCAACAGACCUCUCGGUGCAGCCAACUCGAGUUGUAGUAGGUGCUGGAGAGACACAUGAAGUGUACAUCGUGGCCAGCAGCACCCCGAGGCAGCUAGCCCAGACACCAGGGUUCAUUGGGAUGCUUCAGGUUGUUUCAGGGGAGAAGACCUUGUGGCAGAGGUACCAAAGGAUGAAGAACAAGGAAGUGAAGGCUCGCCACAUUAACAACCCUGACUUACUGAAAAUCAACUGGUUGGAAAAAUUCAGUGAACAAAAAGGGCAGCAGGAGCCUGACAUCUUGCCACCACAGCCUGAGGAUGCAGUGGUGUUCUUCAAUGCCUGCACUAUUACACAGGUGGAGUUAUGGGGUGAACAGCGGCCAAAUGAAGACCAUUCAGUCACUGUCUUUGCCAACCUGGCAGGCGAGCAAACCAUUGCAGAUCUCACCACAACUCAGAUAGAAAGAAUGGGCAGCUGUGAUUCUACUGAAACACAAAGCAUUCCCAGCCAACCCCAGUCUUCCUCUUCUACCACAUGGGAUGUCUUGCCUCAGACAAUGAGUGUGCAGUGUGGUGACUCUUCUCCACAAGUGUUUUUUGUUGUCAACUUCACCAGCACACAGCAGAUGCUUGAGGUGAGCAGCAGCUGCAGUUGGUUACAAAUUGAGCCCCAAGAGGCUGUGUUAUUGGGGUACAGCACUGUGAGGCUGUGUGUGACAGCCUGUCCUCCUCAUACCCUCACCUCACCUGUCACUUAUUCCCUCAAGGUCAUGGGAGAGAAUGAAAGCCGAAGUGCCACCAUCACUGUCUUGCCGGCCACCAGGGAGGCAACUGCAGCUCCCAUCACUGCCAAGCAAGGCCCAAGAAACUCCCAUCAAUCCACGGCCAACAUCCUUCAGCCUGGAACCAGCACCUACCAGUCUGCCACCACCACCACCACCACCACCACCACAUCUCAGUCGAGUGCUUCUGGAAAGUUCUCCCAGCCACCACUGCACCAGCUGUCCUCUGCUGCCAGUGCUCCUCAACACUACACCCAAUGCAUCACUUCAGCCAAUACUCAGCCACCAGUUCCAAGCAUGAGGAGUCAGAGCCAUAGGGAACCUCAGAAGAUCGCUGUGCAGCUUGAAUCUGAUGACGUGAGCUUCCCAGACACAAAGACUACUAAGGAGAGCUAUGUUAAGGUCACACUUAAGAAUCUUGACAAAGUAGAUCAUUCUGUGCAGGCAGAAGUAACACAGGGGCCGUUUAUGGUGAGACACACACGGUUCACCAUAAAGUCUGGUCAUUAUGCAUGUGUGCCAGUUUACUUCAGACCAAAGAGUGCAGGACUGUGCACUGGUUAUUUACAACUAACUGUUCUGAAGAACAAGUUGGUGUUGCCUGUUUCUCUCACAGGGCGAGCUCUGCCUUAAGGUAAAAAGGGUGCUUGUCUCCUAAUGGCCAUAAUAACUUUAUAUUGCUGAAUUGCUAAACAAUCUGUGAUAAUUUAAUAAUCCUGUAGACACACUGUCUUGCUUGCUAGUUUUGAAAGCAGCUGUGGCUACUUCAUUAGUGAUGCUUCGGAGGAACAGGAAUUGGCACUAGGCUGCAUACUGUAAGUGAUAUUUGCCCACAGCCUGUUGGCUGAAUCUAAGCAAUUCAAGCUAAUAUAUUAUAUAAUUUUUUUUUAGUUCUGCAGCUAUAUAUAUUAAUUAGGGAUAGUGAUAGAGGCUGAAUAAAUUAUCACAAAAGUAAUUAAAUACAUUAUUGAUCAGUAAAGAAAUCUGUCUACGUUUGAGAGUAAAAUAACACCAGCCAGAUAGAUAGAUAUGAGAUACAUUGUUUCUGCAAUAUUAUUAUUCUUUUAGAUGCAUAAGAAUGUGGUUGCUGAAACAGUGGGUGUGUUUAAGAAAGCUAGAUGUGAAUUAAAAAAAAAACUACUGCCACCUAGGUGCUGGGGCCCAAUGGGUGCAUAUUUCUUUUAUGGUCAUGAAAAUGCCUCUGAUCCUGUUGCUGGUGGAACAUUCCUUCUGGUCCAUGUGAGUGUCCUUGUGACAGGACCAAGUGCCAACAACCCUGAAAUGGAGUUGUAGUCAGUUCCAUAAUUUCCCUGUUAUUCUGAAAACCACAGUGAUGUUAGCAUAGACGUACUGUGUGUGCUGCUAACAUAUAUAGGUCACAUAGCAGCAUACACCUCAUCAGCCAGUCAUUAUGAAAGUUUUAUUUAUUACUUUUGAAUACUUUAUUCAAAUGUGUUUAACUUUCUAAGCAUCAGUGGUUACCUACACAAACACUUCACAUUUACCAAAUAAGUGAAGAUUGCAACUGUGUAGCUGACAAGGUAUACACUAUGAUUUUACAAGUAAGCAGCAGCAUGCAUAAUACAGCUGUGCUUGCAUUCCCAUUUUCAGGAUUGCACAGAAAAUUGUAGAAUCGAUUACAUUUAUCAACUUUUAAGGGUGGCUGGUGCUGCUGAGCUUCUUGUUUGCUGCCAGCCACUCACACGGACCUGCUAGUAUAGAAAGUGAACCUUCCUUUUGUGUAACUGAUGGUGGUCUUAGGGGAUCAAAGGAUGUAUGUAUUAUUAUUAUUGCUAUAUUAAACUUGAUACUUUAAAAGUAUA